CCAACUCCUUCGAUCACCAGGGAAGGAAAAUAUUACGUGAGGAUUAGAGCCAUGACGUCACAGAAGCCCUUCCUCAGGAUAGCUGCAGGAGAGUGGAUCCCAUACACCAAGAUCCUCACACAAGAUGGCGGGAACAUCACGGUGGAAGGUCCCAUGAAGUUUGUGCUGGACAUAUUUGCCAAGAUGAUUAAUUUUGAUUACGAGCUCGUUCCUGCCCCGGGUAAUAAGUGGGGGGCGCCUCUGGCUAACGGGUCAUUCUCCGGCAUGAUGGGACUACUGCAGCGGGAGGAGGUGGAGCUGGCCAUUGCGCCCUUCUUCGUCACGCCGCCCCGGGAGACAGCAGCCGACUUCUCUGAGCCGGUCUACUACGACAGCUACGCCAUCCUUAUGGUGAGGCCAGAGAUAGUGAACGACAUGUCUGGCUUCCUCAAACCCUUCGCACCUACGGUGUGGUUGAUGAUCGUGUUGAGUUUGUUGUGUAUGACGGUGGCCAUGAGUCGUGUGGCCAGAUACGAGGAGGUGGUGGUGUUCUCCCUCCCGGCCACCACCACCUGGGCCAAGGCCACACUAUGGGCCAUCCAAGCAUUUAGCCAAGAAGGUUCUCACUGGCUGCCUAGGAAACACGGUGGCCGCCUGCUGGUGUCGACGUGGCUGAUGGCUUCCCUCGUCUUUAUGUCUUCCUACAGCGGGAUCCUGACGGCCAUGCUGACGGUGCCACGGGUCAACAUCCCUAUAGACUCUCUUAAGGACCUCGUGGCCCAGUCUGACCUGCCCUGGCGGAUUGAGGCGGAUUCAUUCAUGUAUAAUUUCUUCUUGAAGGCGGAGGACAACCUACGUCAGGGAGUUUUCUCUAAGAAGGCCGGCACCUUCCAGGACUGUUGGGCGGACCGUCAGGCUAUAGCAGACGGGGAGUUCGCUGCCAUCUGUGACAGGAUCACCAUGAUGAAGGCCAUGUCUUGGGACUUCAGCACAACAGGACGGUGCCAUUUGUACAUCUCGAGGGAAAAGGUUUAUGACAACGGGUACCUGUCCAUUGCCUUCAAGACCAAGUCCAAAUACCUUCCAGCGGCUAACAAGAUCAUCAAGACCCUGAAGAUGACGGGACACCUCAACAAGUGGCUGGCCGACCAGAUCACCAACACCACCCAAUGUCUUAAGCCACCCUCAGCUGAUAUAGGGGCCGGCAUCUCACCACUCAGCAUAGAAGCUUUUUCCGGCCCUCUCCUCGUCUUACUGACAGGUCUGACCAUGGGCGGAGUGGUCUUGGUGGCUGAACACUUGAUGAAGCUCCUUGACUGAGAUAAGAGAGUUCCUUCGGGGCCCACUCACCUCCUGAACACUGAUACUACAAGAUAACACGAUAAGGAUCUCCCCCCUCCCCCUCCCUCUUACAUCCCCUCACUUCCCUCUCACCCACCCCCCUCCCUCCUAUAUUCCUGUAUAAACUAUAGGAACUUUCUUAUAUAUGUGGUUCUUAUAUGACUCAACAGUUGACUUUAUAUCGAUGUAUAAUUUGCAUAAGUAUAUAUAAUAAUGUACCAGCAAUAAUAUACGAAUGAGUCAAUUAUACCAAGGUAACUGCUGGCUAUUGAGUCAUUAUUUCAUAUAUAAUACGUAUUAUAGAGUGUUACUGAAAGCCAAAAUUAUUACCCAAAUUAGAGAUUUAUUCAUAUUUCUUCGGACAUUAUCAGAAGAAUUAUAUUAAUAAGUUAUAUAUAUCGUGAUUAAUUCUGUUAAAAAGCUAAAAUACCAGUUAUAUUUUUCCUUAUAUCAUUUUAUAUCAGAAUUAUUGUAAGCCUUUAUCUACGUCAUUAUCUAAUAAGUAUUGUGAUAAGUUAAAUACACUGUUAUGCUUUAUAUACUUGGGCGGUCAGUUAUGCCUCUGUUAUACGCACUGUUGGCAAGUACUGGGCAUGCACCGACUCCUGAAUACGUACACAAUGGUUUAUACUCAUCCUGUACCCAUAGAUGCCCAGUUUCAUUCCUGUCUAUGUGUAAUAAAUAUGUGCACGAGUAACUUUCCUUUAUUUUAUCACUCUCUCUUUCUGAUCUAUUAGUUUGUUCAUAAUUUACUGACGGGGAAAUACAUGAAUGACGUCAGCCACAACACAAUACUUUGCAAGAUUAAUAUAACGAUUCAUAAACGGCAAAAUAUGAAGUCCACGUCACAAUGA